UUUUUCCCCGUAAAUUAAUGCACUUUAUUGCGACAUGCUUAGCGGUUAAACUGAGCUGUUAUUCUAGAAGAUAUACUUCGAUGUUUAAGGAGGAUGGCUAAUCUGUGGAGGUCCUAUCAGACCUUGAUGACCAAAUACCCCUGGUCAGUCCAGAUAGUCACAGCUGGGUCUCUAGUGGGUGUGGGUGAUGUCAUCUCCCAACAGCUGAUUGAGAGGAGAGGAUUAGCUCAUCACAAUGUGGGACGAACAGCCCGGAUGAUGAGUAUAGGAUUCUUCUUUGUGGGUCCGGUAAUCGGCAGCUGGUACAAAGUUUUGGACAGGAUCGUGGUUGGAGGCUCUAAAUCUGACGCCAUGAAGAAAAUGCUUGUUGACCAGUUGUGUUUUGCUCCGUGCUUCCUGGGAACUUUCCUCUGUAUUUCCGGAGCCCUGAACGGACUAACAGUGGAGGAGAACAUUACCAAACUUAAGAGGGACUACACAGAUGCCCUGAUCUCUAAUUACUAUCUGUGGCCUCCAGUCCAGAUUGCUAAUUUCUACUUCGUUCCGCUGCAACACAGGCUGGCCGUCGUCCAGAUCGUCGCCGUCGCCUGGAACUCCUACCUGACCUGGAAGGCCAACAAGAUGUGAAGAAACCUCACAAGUCCAGCUUGUCUUGUUGCUGCUGAUGAUGAUUUUUACACUCAUUUGUACUGUAGACUGCGAGUGUGUGUGAAAAAUGAGCACAACUUACUUUAGUCUUCUGAUAUUUCCAAAGUGUAAAACUGUGAAUCACAUGUAAAAGGUCGGGGAGGAUUGCUCGUCUACUCCGAGUGACAAAUUCGCACUUGAAAGUCAAACUUGCAUUUUUGCAGAAACGUCUGUGAAAGUUUAUUUAUGGAAAUGGGAUUUGGCUGCAGAGCUGCAGUGGAGCCACACGUACAUUAACACCUGCUGGCUGAUGAAGGGGAUGUUCUCCUCAUCGCCUCGAUGAGCUUCACUCAUAAUGUAUUUUUGAUUUACUGGACUCUUCUCCACCUGACUCAUUGUUGUACUUUGUUCUGGUUUCUCCUGCCAGCAUUUUAAAAACCCUCAGGAACAAAAUGUUGUUUUCUAAAAGUCUUAUCCAUCAUGGUUUACUCUUUGUUUUCGUUUAACUUUAGAUUUGGAAGAAUCUCGCCUGCAUUUCCAUUGACCACAUAAUUGCACAAUUUGACAUUUUGAAAAUAAAUUUGCUUCAUGGAAA